AUAAGUGUGCAAUGACCUUAAUUUUUACACUGAAUAUAAAUGUGCAAACUGCAUGAAGCGAAGCCGUUGACCAAAAAAAAACUAAUUUCAAUCGAUCGAUUUACCGGGACACCGGGAUUUUGACGAGUUUUGCAAACUUUUGAAAAACUACGCAAAUAACAAUAGUUACAUAAUAAUAAAGGUUUUUUCUUGAAGUGUUUGCUAACGUGACUUUAUAAUUGCCGAUAAUAUCUCCCUCUGAACGAGCGGUGAUCAUUUCACAUUAUUACAGUAUUUAAAGUUGGGGUGUGAAGUGGACUGUGGACAUUGUAUUUAACAUUUAUCUUUUCUCAAUAAGUGUAGCAGAUAAGCAGUAUGUGUAUAUUGUUCAUGUAUAUAGCCUCAAAGGCCUCUAAUGAUGGUGAUUACAGCCUUAUUUUGGCAUCUAACAGAGAUGAAUAUUACGACAGACCCUCGACCAAAAUGGUCCAAUGGGAAGAAGAUCUUAAUGUUUACGGAGGACGAGAUAUGCAAGAUGGCUGUGAGGGAGGCACUUGGUUGGCAAUCUCUCCAAUACGCAAGAAGUUGGGUGUUCUCCUUAAUAUACCUGGAGCUGCCAAGGAUGAUCCUAAAAGCCGAGGAGUAUUGGUAGCAGACUAUGUGAAGUCUGAAUUAAGCACCAAAGAAUAUAUUGAUAAAAUGAGCAGUUACAUUGAGGAAUGUAGUGGAUUUUUGUUCACCACUGUUGAAUUUGGAGCAACUACUUCAGUCCGGUCAUAUGACAAUAUUUCAAAGACGCUAAUUGAACAUGAUGACCCAAUCCUUGGGUUUAGUAACUCGCUUCCUGAGCAACCACUCCAAAAGGUGGAGCCGGGCAAAGAUGCACUCAAAGAAAUAUGCGAAAAAUACAACAAAAUUGAGCAAAAAGAGCAGCUAAUCAAUGAAUUACUGAACACAUUGUUGAAAUCUAAGAAAAAGCAUCUUCCAGACCCUCUGCUGGAAACACGAAAGCCUGAGUUGUAUAAAGAGUUUAGUUCCAUUUAUGUCUUUCUGCCUCAAGCCAGAUAUGGCACAAGGACACAUACCCUGAUACUAUUAACAAAGACCGGCCAUCUUGAAGUCAUAGAAAAGACAAUGGUGCGACCAAUUGAGACCCACAACCCUGAAUGGGAAACAACUGAAUACCAAUUUGAUUUGUAAAUCAAAUAUGGUCUAAUAUACUAGUACUACCACCGGUAUACAGUGUCUACUUUACAUGUAUUUUAUACUAAUUACUCUGGAUAGUGAUUGACUACACUAUCAACCUAUCAUACCGUAUAUUUAUUCAAUGAGCGCCACACUAGGUUUGACUGCAACAAGAAGCUACUUACUACCGCCAUGUAGCGCAUUGCACUAGCGUCUACUCCUUCUAUUCAUAAUA